AUGGCCUCCGCCGCCGAGUCUUGCGACAAGGCUGCUACCGCCCCCGAAAGCGCAACCAAACCGCUCAACUUCCUCGACCUCCCUCUCGAAACCCAGAAAGAUAUUCUCAGCCAUUGCUGCCAGAGCGACCUCAUCUGCCUCGCCCUCGUCUCGAAACACUUCCGCGAACUCGCUGCCGCCCAGCUCUACCGCAACUUCCACAUUGUCUUCCCCGACGAAGAUGACCCGUCCUUUGACUCUCCCAUCGACAGUCUGGCCGGUGGCCUCGAGACCUUUGUGUCGAGCGACUACAACUAUGCCCAACAUCUGAGAGACAUCUCCCUCGACACGUUGAGUGCUGGCGACAAGGCUGAGGCCGCUUACAAACCCUACUUAUACAGCGCAAGCUGCGGCAAGUUCAUGAAUACCUUGCUGCUGCUGACUCUCAAGAAUGCAAAGUCGCUCGAGACCUUUAGGUGGAACAUCCGAGUCGAACUCAGCCGUCCAGUCUACAAGGCGUUGCACCAGAUUGCGCCUCUAAGAAAUCUCCAUGUUCGAAUGCAGGCUGGCCCGUCCCUCUUCGAGAUACCUCCACCACUGCCCUACACUUCGAGCCUGCAGCCUCAGCCUACCUCGACCCAAGGCCAUUGGGAUCCUCUGCCGGCUUUCUCUGCAGUCCCGCCGCCGCCUCCUCCAUUCGCAAGCAUGUCCUUGUCCGUCCCGCCUCCGUACAACCCUUCCCUGGGCCCGCCGCCUCAGUUACCGCCAGCGUUGAGGCCCGCGCCUAGGAGUAGACGAAGGAUAUCGGCGAACGAGCCUGCGACCUUGUCGGGCUUCCGCAAACUCAACUCGCUUGCCGUCCUUGACAUCGACUCUCUAGACACCGUUACCGAGAUCAAGUCUUGCGUGCGUAACUCAGCUUCCACUCUCACGAAACUGAAGCUCUCCUUCUCGACAUACCUUGCUUUACAAUCUCGAAAGCCUCCCCCCGAAGCCGACCCCGACGAUUCUGAUCAGGAUGAUGAGUUCCAAGUCGUUCCCAUGCCGUCAGCGCCUGGCUGGGAUGAGGCGAGUGGGCCAGCAAAGGCAUUCCGUGCGCAAGAAGAGCGCAAGAGCCAAGAGUCGGUACUGGGUAGGAUAUUCGACGUGGAGCCCUUCCUCGUCAAGAGGACACAGCGUAAGACUCUGAAGGGCAAGGAGAAGAUCGACACGGCCGUGAACACAAAGGAGGCUGGAUCGCCUGCCGAGGCCUUUAUGGAGAGACUCCGGGAGGUAUCGACAAAACUCAUGGCGAGCGUAACGGACGGCGACGCCGAUGAUGGCUCGAAGCAAGAGAUCCUGGAGAUGAUAGAAAAGGCCAGCAGGAAGUACUUGGAAGAAGAGGAAGCAAAGGCAGCGGCGACAAAGGCGGAAACCAAGACGGAAGCCGGGCUUGGAACCUCUGACGAAGGUCCUUCGACCGACCCCGCUCCAAGCACAGCGGAUGCCAGCACUCAGCCAGCCCCUGUUAUCGAAGUCUCCGAGCCUUCCACAAUUGCGGCAGAAACCAACGCGAAGCCAAAAGCGAACUUUGGAACAGAUGCCAACCCUGAGGACAUCAAUGUGGAGGAGCCCAUCGCGACUGAGGAGACGGAAGAACCAUUGGAGGUCAAGAACGACCAGAACAAGGAGGAACCUAUUGCUGCCUCUGGCACCGCUGCGUCUCAAGCCCAAGAUGCCGUCUUUGAAUCGCCUACGACGGCGCGAGCCGCAGCCACCUUGGCAACACAAAAGGCAAACUUCGAGACGCUAGUCCUUCGUCUGCAAUAUCUCCUUUCUGAGGCCGCCAGCGUACACGAGAAACUUGAUGUCUUGCGCAACGCGCACCCUCAAGACAGGGACCGCAUUCGCUCGGGAGAAAACCAAUUACAAGGUUGCUAUCGGGAUAUCAACAACGUACGCACCGAGCUGAAUGCGACUGAGGCCGAGAUCCGGGAUGUGGAGAAGCAAGUCAAUGGUAUAGCCACUACGGCCCAUGGCGAUGACGAAGUGAUGAGCGAGUACAUCCGGUCGACGAGGGGCGUAGCACUGAAGUCAUUCAGUGUUCACCUGAUCCCAGUCAAGGCCUCCGUACUCAGGGCAGCCAUUGACGUACGAGUUCUCAAGAGACUGACACUGCUGAAUGUUGGCAACCAAGCCCCGAUCUGGACAAUGCUGGCCAAGGAAAACAAGGUUCAGCCGCUCCCUCUGCGAAAGAUAUUCACAGACAAUGUAUCCAUCACCUUUCUCACGUUUGCGGGCCAGCUGGAGCAGAUCACCGAACUUUUCAUGCUGGAGCGAUCGGCCAAGUACAAGCCAGAGAGCUUCGCGCCAAAAACCAACGUUGUCAUGGAUCAGAUUCGUCGUCUUGUUCUCAAAAAGCACAUGCCCACUCUCACCAAGCUGAUGAUCAAGAAUGACUCUGGGCCGAGCUGGGACGUGGACGAGAAGGCCAUGCUACUGAUUUGCAACCGCGGAAAGCUCCUCGAAGAGUUGGCGGCGGCGCUUGGAAUCCGCGCUAUCCAUACCUUCAUGCAGCAUAUCUCGGGACUAGUUAGCCUCCGCGCUUUGAACGUCACGCAGUUCAGAAAUGACGACACUUGCGUCUGGGUUAUGCGCGAGACUCGGAGGUUCAUCGUUGACAACCUCUGCCACUAUCCAGACUUGAAACUCGAGUGGAUCUCUAUUGAUGACGACCGGGUUGAGCGCAUCAUCCGUCCACCACCUCAGACGCCUGCUGCCAAGGCAGAGGAGAAGAAGAACAAAAAGAGCAAGAACAAGGCCGGCGCAGGCUCGACGUUUGGGACUUUCGGCGGCCCAGGAACUGCCACUGGCACUGGUGGUCCCGGUGUGUUCCCACCUUUGCCUCUGCCGGGAUGGGAGACGGAUAGUGAUAGUGACGACGAGGACACCGAUAUAGUGGCCAACACAAAGCUAGAAACGGUCGAAGGCGUCCACUUCUACGAUGUCUGGGAUGUCCGGAUCUUCAAGAAGGAAGUCAUGGCGGGGCGGCUGUAA